AUGCCCAUGGACAUUGUGGAUCAAGAGCUUGCCGAGGCAGAGCGCGACGCCUCGCCCGGCCUGUACCGAAGCCGUGCCAGCAACGAGAUCGAGUCGGUCGUCUCGCUGGCAUCGACGGCCUCGUCGUCCCUCUCGGCCCGCGGCCCCAAUGGCAGCCAGGUCUUUCGUCGCAACACGGGCCACAGCACCCUCGAGCAUCACCCCACGGAGCUGAGCCGGAUCCAAACCCAGCGCAGCCAGCACACGGCAACCGUCGGCUCCCGCAUUGGCAGCCGCUCCAGCAGUAGGAAGCCCCUGCCCGCCUUUGGCGCCGGCAAGCCUUACCCCCCGCCACUGCCGAAUCGCGAAGAGUAUGUGGUCGAGUUCGACGGCCCCAACGAUCCCCUGCACGCCCAGAACUGGCCUCUGCGCAAAAAGGUCCUGACGGCCGCCAUGCUGGGCUACACCACCAUGACCUCGGCCUUUACCUCGUCCAUCUUCUCGAGCUCCACCGCCGUCGUGGCACAGCAGUACGGCGUCGGCUCCGAGGUGGGCCUGCUCGGCACCACCUUCUAUGUCCUCGGCUUCGCUUUUGGCCCGACUCUGUGGGCCCCUCUGUCGGAGCUGCGCGGCCGCAGACUGCCCCUCGUCGUCGCCAUGUUUGGCUUCUCGCUCUUCUCCAUUGCCUGCGCCACCGCAAAGGAUAUACAGACCAUCCUGCUGUGCCGCUUCUUCAGCGGCUUCUUCGGCGCCUGCCCGCUGGCCGUCGUCGCCGCCGUCUUCUCCGACAUGUUUGACAAUGCGACCCGAGGCAUUGCCGUCACCCUGUUCUCCAUGGCCGUCUUCACCGGACCGCUGCUGGCGCCCUUUAUCGGCGGCUUCAUUGUCGAGUCGCACCUCGGCUGGCGCUGGACCGAGUACCUGCCCUCCAUCAUGGGCUUUGCCGCCUUCAUCCUCGACUUCUUUUUCCUCAACGAGACGUACCCGCCCGUCCUCCUCGUCAGCAAGGCGUCAGAGCUGCGGCGGCGGACCAAGAACUGGGGGAUCCACGCCAAGCAGGAGGAAAUCGAGGUCGACUUUGGCGAGCUGAUCACCAAGAACUUUUCCCGCCCCAUGCGCCUCCUCUUUACCGAGCCCAUAAUCCUGCUUCUCUCCAUCUACAUGAGCUUCAUCUACGGCCUGCUUUACCUAUUUCUUACGGCAUACCCCAUCGUCUUUGUCGGCGUGCACGGCUUCAGCCUGGGCAAGUCGGGCUUGACAUUUUUCGGCAUGAUUUGUGGCCAGCUCCUUGCGGGGGCCUCCGUGAUUGCGCAGCAGCCGUGGUACAUGCGCAAGCUGGCCGGCAAUAACGGCGUCCCGAUCCCCGAAUGGCGGCUGCCCAACGUCAUGGCUGGCGGCGUCUCCUUCACCAUUGGCAUAUUUUGGUUUGGAUGGACUGGAUACAGGGCCGACAUCCACUGGGCCGUGCCGGCGGCCAGCGGCAUCUUCACCGGAUUCGGACUCAUGUCCAUCUUCCUCCAGGCGCUCAAUUACCUCGUCGACGCGUACCUGGUGUUCGCGGCGUCGGCGAUUGCGGGAAACACGUUUCUGCGGUCGCUGGCCGGCGCCGGCUUCCCGCUGUUUGCGAGGCAGAUGUUUGAGGGCAUGGGUAUUCAGUGGGCGGCGACGCUCCUGGGCUGCGUGGCCGCGGUGCUGGCCCCCAUCCCCUUUAUCUUCUACAAGUACGGCGGCAAGAUUCGCGAGCGUAGCGCGUAUGCGCCGACGAAGCCCAUGAGCCCCCCGGUGGGCGCCGAAGAGGAACAGAAAAAGGGCGAAGGGGCGCCGACGGAGAAACAGAGCCAGGACGUGGCUGCCAUGGCAAACGCACCGAAAAAGGAGAGCGACCAAGCAGGCCCCAUCCAGAACGUGUAA